AUGAAGGCAUAUCGUUUCAUGAACCCAUCCAAGGGCUUGGAGUUCACCCAAGUCCCAGUUCCCGUCCCUGAGCAGGACCAAAUCCUCAUAGAGAUCAAGGCGUGCGGUCUCUGCCAUACCGACUGCAACGUCAUUUCUGGCCUGGACCAGACCCUCUUCUGGGAGCGACCCAUCACCUUGGGUCACGAAAUUGCGGGUGUCGUGGUCUCUACCGGAUCCCAGGUCACCAAGUUCAAAGCCGGGGACCGCGUCGUGGGAGUCCUCACAAGCAAACAUCCCAUCGCUGUUGGUGACGUGAUGACCAGCGCAGGUUUUGGCUGCGACGGCGGAUUUGCGCAGUUCACGAUGUUCCGUGAAUCGAAGACGCUUGCCAUCCCCCAUGGCGUCACGUUUGCACAGGCAGCCGUGGCCACGGACGCAGGGGGCACGGCUUACCACGCCGUGGUUACCGUGGCCGAGGUAUCCGCGUCGUCCAAGGUCGCCAUCGUUGGCCUCGGAGGCUUAGGCCUGUCCGCCGUCCAGAUCGCAGCCCGAUUCGGCGCCAGGGUGUAUGGGAUUGACAUUGAGCGCAGCAAAUUUGUUCCAGCUCUGCAGUCCGGAGCGUUCAUCUGCGGGAGAAGUUUUGACGAUUUCCCGGGAGUAAACUUUGACAUUGUGCUGGAUUUUGCAGGCAUUGGAACCACGACCGCUGCUGGCACAAAGGCUGUCAGGCCUGGGGGUAAGGUUGUUCUCGUUGGUCUAUCCAAAAAAGAGGCUACAAUCGACACCCACCUUUUUGUCAUGCGUGGCGUUCGGCUCAUCGGUUCAGUUGGUUGCUCCAUCGACGAGGUCGCAAAAACACUUCAAAUGAUCGAAGACAAGGAGUUUACUCCGAUCGUAGAGGAGAUUCCCUUUGGCAAAAUAAUCCAAGGUCUACAGCGCCUGUCCCGAGGCGAGGUCAUAGGGCGUCUGUAUACUGAUCCGUCUAAGGAUGAGGCCACAGGAGCAUAG